AUGAAAGAUGAUGAGAGUAAUGGUGAUUUAAAUAAUUCGAGUUUUGGUUCUAAUGAUAAUGAUUACUCUAGUGAUUUGGAAGAUUUGCCUGAAUAUGAGAGGGAACUGAUAUUGGCAAAAAGGCAUGAAGAAUAUAUGAAAAAAAAGCAUAGAAAAAUAUUAUUAAAAAAAGUAAAUAUUGAUAAUAAAAUAGAAAAAAAUGAAAGUGAUAAUAAUAUUUCAAAUAAAAAAACAACACAAAAAAAAAGUAAAAAAAAAUCAACAGAAACAACUACAAAAUAUAAUAUAACCACUACACCUAUUGGAAGUAACAAAGCACAAAAUGUUGAUGCCACUAAAAAAGAUAGAGAUACAAAAGAUGCUAAAGAAGUGUCGGAUUAUUCUGGAAAUAAUCAAGAUUCGGAAGCAAAUAUAAAAAGAAAACUAAAAAAAAAACAAACAAGCCCUAUAGUGUCUAAUAAAGAUAAAGGAAAAAAAAAAUUAAAAAAUCUUGGAAAAGAAGAAAAAAAAGCAGACUCAAAAAGUAAGCAUAAAAGUUGGACUGGUAAAAAUUAUACUACCUCUUCUUAUGAAAGUUCACCAGCUUAUUCAGAUAAAAGUUAUCGUAAAAAAAAAAAUAAAAAAGAUAGUAAUGCUCCCAUUCUUUCUGAACAUAAUAAAAAAACGCUAGCUCGAAAUAAUAAUUAUAAUAUCAGUUCACAAGAUGAAAGUAAAACGGAUAAAUAUAUAGGAGAUGAAAAAACAAAAAUAAAAUCAAAAUCAGGAAAAAAUCAUACAAUUAGUGAUGACAAAUAUGGUGAUAGUAAUAAAAUACUAAAUGAUAAAGAGGAAGAGUUAUUAAAAAAAAAUAAAAAAAAAAAACAAGUAAGAGACACAUCCGAGGAAAUGGCUACCUUGUUUGAUAAAAAGAAAGACGAUCGAUCUCAUGAAUAUAUUUCAUCAGGAAAAGGUGGACAAAUAAAAAGUAGUACUAAAUAUUCAAAUGAUCAAGAUAAAAACAUUUUUAAUGAUUUAAAAAAAAAAAAAAAAAAUGAACUAUUCGAAAAAAGUGAAAGUCCUGUAAAAGACCCAGAAACACCUGAACGGUUAAUACAAUUAUAUAAAGAAGAAAAAAAAAUAAAGCUAGAUAUUUAUAAAUAUAUGACAUAUGAAAUUAUAAACUAUUUUCAAUUAAAAAAAACAUUCCUUUUAGAUAUGAGUGAACAUAUAAAUUUUCCUUAUUAUGUUAUUGGGCAUGUUGUAAAAAUAGAUGAUCUACCAAAACUAAUAAAUACAUCGCAUUAUGUAAAAAAUAAAAAUUACACCAAUAAUAAUAUAACAAGUGCAGAGAAAAAUAAAAAUAUUUUCUUUAUAAAAAAUGUAAUUAAAUGUGAUAGUUAUUUUUGUAUAGAUAGAUAUACUAAUGUUAAAUUUGAAAUAUCUCAUUUAGAUAAUCUAAAAAAUAUAAAUUUUUUUAAAAAAAUUAAAAAAUUAAUGAAUAAAAACAAAAAAAUAGGAGCUAACGAAUUAGACAAUAUAGAAAAUAAUAAUAUUGAUAGUACAUAUAUAUGUGAUAUCAAUAAUAUAUCAGAUGAAAAACUUACAAUUGAUGAAUAUAAUCAUUUAAAAUUACUUUCUAUUAAUACUGAAAUAUUACAAAAUUUUAAUCUAUUUUUAAAGGAAAAAAUAGAAGAUUUAAAAAACUUCCAUUACACUGAAAAACAAAUUCAAGACUUAGUUGAAAUGAAAAAAAAAAAAAGUUUUUAUGAAAUAUUUCAAAAUAAUAAAACUAUCGAUGCUUUGCCUAUUUCUCGUAUUGUUGUCCAAAGGGAAAUAUGUUCCCUUUUGAGAGAAAUAGACACACUAAAUUAUUCAAAAAAAAAAAUAAAUGAUGUUUAUAUGAUAUCCAAAAUAAAUAGACAAAUUGAUGAGUUAACCAAGAAGAAGGACAUAUUACGAGAACAAUUAGAGAAGAAAAGAAAUACUCUUGCUUCAAUGAAAAGCCAAGAAAGCAUUUCUUAUGAAACGGGAAAAUAUAUUCCACAAAAAAAAUUUACAAAACCUUAUUAUAAUUCAGGACUAUCUGAUGAUCAUUUCAAAACAAUCAUAGGAGAUGAAAAAAAAAAUAUAGCAGAUAUGGCAAAUCAUAUAAAUGACGAAAAAAGAAAUUUCAACAGUCAUAUAACAAAUAAAAUUGUUGAUUUACCUAUGGAUUCUCAUAAUAAAAUUAUGUAUCAUUUUUUACAUGGAAGUUUACAAAGUAGUGAGGAAUUAUUCAAUGAUAGCUUAAAAAUUCAUGAUGAAUAUGACUUUUUUGGAGUUAACAUUGAUAAGUACGUAACUAGCUUUGACAUUUUGAAAAAAAACAUGAACAAGCAAGAAGAAAAUUGCAAAACAAGCUAA